GUAAUCGUAAUGUUGUUGACAUCAGACUUUACGUAGCCAGCUAAGCCAUCGAGCAAAAUAAAGUGUAAAAUGGCGGAAAAACCGAGUGAAAGCACAUUAAAAAAUGCGGAUGGAUUGAACAUAUUCUGUAGGUACUGGUAUCCAGAUAAUAAAGAUGUGAGAGCCCUAGUGCAUGUUAUUCAUGGAGUAGGUGAACACAUUGGCCGUUAUGAUGCUGUUGCAGCUUCUUUCACCAAACUAGGAUGUCUUGUAUAUGGCCACGACCAUGUUGGCCAUGGACGUAGUGAGGGUGUGAAAGUUGAUGUGAAAGACUUCCAGUUGUAUGUCAAAGACUGUCUCCAACAUACAACCAUUAUGACAGAGAAGUAUCCCAACCUUCCUGUUAUAGCCUUUGGUCAUUCCAUGGGAGGUACCAUUGCAAUCCUGAUGAUGAAUUCGCAUUCAAGUAGGUUUGCUGGAGCUAUAUUUGGAUCCCCUUGCGUAGCACCAUCACAGGCCACGCCCUUCCUGAUAUUCAUGGCCAGAGGAGCUGCAUACAUGUUCCCUCAGCUUGCAGUUGCGAAAUUAGUUGUGUCAGACAUUUGCAGAGAUCCGGCUGUGGUAGAAGACUACGUCAAGGAUCCCUUGGUAUGGCAUGGCGGGGUCAAGGCACGCUGGGCGGUCAAGAUGUACGAUGCAUGCAUGCAGAUCCAGGCAGAGUGUGAACACAAAGCCAACUAUCCAUUCCUCCUCCAACAUGGCUCCAAGGAUGCCAUAUGUGAUAUCAAAGGAUCAGAUUUAUUCUUUGAGAGAUCCAAAAGUCAGAGCAAAGUCUACAAGAAAUACGAAGGCUACUUCCAUGAAUUGGACAAGGAGCCAGAGGGAGAGAGAGAAGUGGUCUUCAAGGACAUGGAGGACUGGACUAGGGAUCUCCUCGACAGCUUAGAGGGGUCAAAGGUUGAUGGACCAAAGGUCAAUGGACCAAAGGUCAAUGGACCAAAGGUCGAUGGACCAAUCGGAACAGAGACGGCCAGUCCAAGUGAUGUAGAUGUAAAAUCGUGAUGGUCCUGUGUCAAGAGAGUCCAGUAUGCACGCUGCUUGAUUUGGAGACCUGUAGCUGGACGUGUCGGAUAUAGGACUUCUGUAUUCAAUGGUUACUGUGGUAAAUGGGGCUGCCUGCAUUUCUUUUAUUAAUUGCAAUUGUAUAAUGAUAUCAAUAAAAGCAGUAAAUAAUUGUUAGGUGCAUAUCACAGCAUGGGUCUCUGUGCACUGGAA